GGCGCAGGCCGGGGGACGGGGGAGGGGGUGGGGCUGGAGCGGCGCAGCGCCGCACCCUCGCGCCGCGUCCCGGGCGGUGUCUCAGUGCAGCCAUGUCUGGCGGCGCGAGGCGGCGGGGCGGGCUCGGUCGGCGGCGCCCUCUGUGAGGCGGCGGCGGACGAGCGGCGGCGGCGGGCAUUCAUGUCGGCGGCCAGGGAUUAGCGCGGCGGACACCGAGCCGAGGGAGGGGGCGGCCGACCCGUCGCCCCUUUCCCGCGGGGUCUCCGGCGGGAGAGAGCCGUACCCGGCUGACGGGGGCGGGGGGACAUGGCUGACCGGAGCGCGCCGAGCUGCCACCUGCGGCUGGAGUGGGUCUACGGUUACCGGGGUCACCAGUGCCGCAACAACCUCUACUACACGGCGGCCAAGGAGAUCGUCUACUUCGUUGCUGGGGUCGGCGUGGUCUACAGCCCCCGGGAGCACCGGCAGAAAUUCUACCUGGGGCACCAGGACGACAUCAUCAGCCUUGCUUUGCAUCCUGAACGUGUGUUGGUGGCAACAGGUCAAGUUGGAAAAGAACCAUACAUCUGCGUGUGGGACUCGUACACUGUGCAAACUGUAUCUGUUCUGAAAGAUGUUCACACGCAUGGUAUAGCUUGCUUGGCUUUUGAUUUAGAUGGUCAGCGUUUGGUCUCAGUUGGUUUGGAUUCGAAAAACACAGUUUGCGUAUGGGACUGGAGAAAAGGAAAAUUGUUAUCAAUGGCUCCUGGUCAUACUGACAGAAUAUUUGAUAUUUCUUGGGAUUUGUACCAGCCAAACAAGCUCGUCAGCUGUGGCGUAAAACACAUCAAGUUCUGGAGCUUGUGUGGCAAUUCAUUGACACCAAAACGUGGUGUUUUUGGCAAAACUGGUGAUCUCCAAACUAUAUUGUGCCUAGCCUGUGCAAGGGAUGAAGUGACAUAUUCUGGUGCACUGAAUGGAGAUAUAUAUGUAUGGAAAGGAAUCAACCUUGUACGGACAAUACAGGGAGCGCAUGCUGCAGGAAUUUUCAGCAUGAAUGCAUGUGAAGAGGGAUUUGCCACUGGUGGCAGGGAUGGCUGUGUUCGCUUGUGGGACUUAAAUUUUAAACCAAUUACUGUGAUUGAUCUCAGGGAAACAGACCAGGGAUAUAAAGGUCUGUCUGUAAGAAGUGUUUGCUGGAGAGGAGACCAUAUACUCGUCGGGACACAAGAUAGUGAAAUUUUUGAAAUUGUAGUGCAUGAGCGUAAUAAGCCUUUCCUGAUAAUGCAGGGGCACUGUGAAGGAGAGCUGUGGGCUUUGGCUGUCCAUCCUACAAAACCACUAGCAAUGACUGGAAGUGAUGAUCGAUCAGUCAGAAUUUGGAGUUUAAUAGACCAUGCUCUGAUUGCCCGGUGCAAUAUGGAGGAACCCAUUCGUUGUGCUGCGGUUAGUACUGAUGGAAUUCAUCUUGCUCUUGGAAUGAAGGAUGGCUCUUUCACUGUGCUUCGAGUCAGAGAUAUGACUGAGGUUGUUCAUAUCAAAGACAGGAAAGAAGCUAUUCAUGAACUGAAAUAUUCACCAGAUGGGAAUUUCCUAGCUGUUGGUUCCAAUGACAGCUCUGUGGAUAUAUAUGGUGUUGUUCAGCGAUACAAGAAAGUUGGGGAAUGUAUCGGAUCAUUAAGUUUCAUCACCCAUAUGGAUUGGUCUUCAGACAGUAAAUACUUACAGACCAAUGAUGGCAAUGGGAAAAGACUUUUUUACAGGAUGCCAAGUGGAAAAGAAGUAACAAACAAGGAGGAAUUAAAAGGCGUUCAGUGGGCAUCAUGGACCUGUGUUUCUGGCCUUGAAGUCAAUGGAAUCUGGCCCAAAUAUUCAGAUGUAAAUGAUAUAAAUUCUGUGGAUGCAAAUUUUAUUGGGCAAGUUAUGGUUACAGCUGAUGAUUAUGGAAUAGUAAAGCUCUUUCGAUACCCGUGUCUAAGGAAAGGGGCCAAGUUUAAAAAAUACCUUGGUCAUUCUGCUCACGUGACAAAUGUCAGAUGGUCGCACGAUCACCAGUGGGUUGUUUCCAUUGGGGGAGCUGAUCAUUCUGUCUUUCAGUGGAAGUUUGUUCCUGACCGGAAGUUGAAGGAUUCACUUCAUAUAGCACCCCAAGAGAGUCUGGUUGAUUCUAAUAGCGAUGAAUCAGAUUCAGAUCAGUCUGAUGUUCCAGAGCUGGACUCUGAAAUUGAACAAGAGACACAGAUCACCUAUCGUCGACAGGUUUACAAAGAAGAUCUACCUCAACUUAAAGAGCAAUGCAAAGAAAAAAGAAGAAGUGCAGCUUCUAAGCGACGAGAGCGAGCUCCAGGGAACAGUAUAAGAUUACAUUUUGUUCACGGUUACAGAGGUUACGACUGCCGAAGCAAUUUAUUUUACACUCAGACGGGUGAAAUUGUAUACCAUGUUGCAGCGGUGGGAGUGGUGUACAAUCGACAGCAGAACACACAGCACUUUUAUCUAGGUCAUGAUGAUGACAUUCUUUGCCUUGCUAUUCAUCCCUUAAAGGACUAUGUGGCAACAGGCCAGGUUGGUCGAGAUUCCUCAGUACACAUUUGGGAUACAGAAACAGUAAAACCACUCUCAGUAUUAAAGGGCUAUCACCAGUACGGUGUUUGUGCUGUUGAUUUUUCAGCGGAUGGGAAACGAUUAGCUUCUGUUGGAAUAGAUGACAAUCACACUAUUGUACUCUGGGAUUGGAAGAAAGGAGAAAAGCUUUCAGCAGUAAGGGGAAGCAAAGAUAAGAUUUUUGUUGUUAAGAUUAAUCCUUAUAUGCCCGAUAAAUUGGUUACAGUUGGAAUUAAACACAUGAAAUUCUGGCGUAGAGCAGGUGGAGGACUAAUUGGGAGAAAGGGCUGCAUAGGUGCACUGGGAAGAACCGAUACAAUGAUGUGUGCAGUGUAUGGCUGGACUGAAGAGAUGGCGUUCUCUGGAACUUCCACAGGGGAUGUGUGUAUUUGGAGAGAUGUGUUUCUCAUAAAAACUGUCAAAGCACAUGAUGGUCCUGUGUUCAGCAUGCACGCAUUGGAAAAAGGAUUUGUCACUGGAGGAAAGGACGGGGUAGUAGCUCUCUGGGAUGAUACCUUUGAACGCUGUCUCAAAACCUAUGCCAUCAAAAGGGCUGCUUUGGCCCCUGGGUCUAAAGGUCUCCUCUUAGAAGAUAAUCCUUCUAUACGUGCCAUAUCUUUAGGACAUGGUCAUAUUUUAGUGGGCACGAAGAAUGGUGAAAUAUUGGAGGUGGAUAAAAGUGGACCAAUAACUCUGCUGGUUCAGGGUCACAUGGAGGGCGAAGUUUGGGGUCUAGCUACUCACCCUCAUUUACCUAUUUGUGCCACUGUAAGUGAUGACAAAACCUUAAGAAUAUGGGAUUUAUCUCCUAGCCAUUGUAUGUUAGCUGUUCGCAAAUUGAAGAAGGGAGGUAGAUGUUGCUGCUUUUCUCCUGAUGGAAAAGCAUUAGCCGUCGGUCUCAACGAUGGAAGUUUUUUGAUAGUUAAUGCAGAUACUCUGGAGGAUCUAGUCUCUUUCCAGCACAGGAAAGAUGUUAUUUCGGAGAUCCGAUUUUCUCCUGGGGCUGGAAAGUACCUAGCUGUGGCAUCCUGCGACAACUUUGUAGAUAUUUACAAUGUGAUGAGCAGUAAACGAGUAGGAAUCUGCAAGGGAGCCUCCAGCUAUAUCACACACAUGGACUGGGACAUAAGAGGGAAGCUCUUGCAAGUCAACACUGGUGCUAAAGAGCAGUUGUUUUUUGAAGCUCCUCGUGGGAAAAAACAAACAAUUCCUAGCUUGGAGGUAGAAAAGAUUGGCUGGGCAUCAUGGACAAGUGUUUUGGGCUCUUGCUGUGAAGGAAUCUGGCCAAUAAUUGGUGAAGUCACAGAUGUAACUGCUUCAUGCCUCACUAGUGAUAGUAAAGUAUUAGCCACAGGAGAUGAUUUUGGAUUUGUGAAACUGUUUCGAUACCCUGCUAAGGGAAAGUUCGGAAAAUUUAAGAGGUAUGUUGCUCACAGUACCCAUGUAACAAAUGUCCGUUGGACCUAUGACGACAGUUUGUUGGUCACUGUUGGAGGAGCGGACACCUCUUUAAUGCUGUGGACUUACGAGAUGGAAGGACAUCGGGAUAGCAGGCAGUGUGACAGUGAAGAGUCUGAUCUAGAUUCUGAAGAAGAUGGAGGUUAUGACAGUGAUGUGACAAGGGAAAAUGAAAUUAAUUACACCAUCAAAGCCUUAUCAACAAACAUUAGACCAAUGUUUGGAAUUAAGCCUCAUCUGCAACAAAAGGAGCCAACCUUAGAUGAAAGGCAGGGGGUAGUGAGACCACCAGUUAGUAGGGCAUUGCCACAGCCUGAGAAACUUCAGACAAAUAAUGUUGGGAAAAAAAAGAGACCUAUAGAGGACCUAAUUUUGGAGCUGGUAUUUGGGUAUCGAGGCAAGGACUGCAGAAACAAUGUGCACUAUUUGAAUGAUGGUGCUGAUGUAAUAUAUCAUACCGCGUCUAUUGGGAUCUUGUAUAAUGUGGCAACAGGCUCUCAGUCUUUUUACCAGGAACACAAUGAUGAUAUUUUGUGCCUCACUGUAAAUCAGCACCCCAAGUUUACCAACAUAGUGGCAACUGGGCAAGUAGGAGACUCAGCAGAUAUGUCAGCUACAGCUCCUUCUAUUCAUGUGUGGGAUGCAAUGAACAAGCAGACACUGUCGGUACUGCGGUGCUACCAUUCAAAGGGCGUUUGCUCAGUCAGUUUCAGUGCCACUGGCAAACUGCUGCUGUCCAUAGGGCUGGAUCCUGAGCAUACCAUUACCAUUUGGAAGUGGCAGGAAGGUGCCAAAGUUGCUAGCCGAGCUGGUCAUAACCAGCGUAUAUUUGUAGCAGAGUUCAGACCAGAUUCAGAUACCCAGUUUGUUUCUGUGGGAGUUAAACACGUGAGGUUCUGGACACUGGCUGGAAGAGCUCUUCUCAGUAAAAAAGGGCUGCUGAGCUCCAUAGAAGAUGCCCGAAUGCAAACGAUGCUAUCGGUAGCUUUUGGAGCGAAUAACUUGACAUUUACAGGUACUAUCAGUGGAGAUGUUUGUGUUUGGAAAGAUCACGUGUUGAUACGAAUUGUGGCCAAAGCUCACAAUGGACCUGUUUUUACAAUGUAUACCACGUUGAGGGAUGGUUUGAUCGUUACAGGAGGCAAAGAAAGGCCAUCAAAGGAGGGAGGAGCAGUUAAGCUAUGGGAUCAAGAGCUGAAACGAUGUCGUGCCUUUAGACUAGAGACAGGACAAAUGACAGACUGUGUUCGCUCUGUUUGUAGAGGCAAGGGGAAAAUUCUCGUUGGGACAAGAAAUGCCGAAAUAAUUGAAGUUGGAGAGAAAAAUGCUGCAUGUAACAUUCUAAUUAAUGGUCAUAUGGAUGGACCAAUCUGGGGCCUCGCAACGCAUCCUUCCAGAGAUUUUUUCCUUUCUGCUGCGGAAGAUGGCACAGUAAGACUCUGGGAUAUUGCUGAAAGGAAGAUGCUGAACAAAGUCAGCUUAGGACAUGCAGCUCGUACUGUUUGCUACAGCCCAGAAGGUGAUAUGGUAGCUAUUGGCAUGAAAAAUGGAGAAUUUAUUAUUUUGCUUGUGACAUCUCUAAAAAUUUGGGGGAAAAAAAGGGACAGAAGAUCAGCUAUUCAAGAUAUCAGGUUUAGCCCAGAUUCCCGUUACUUAGCAGUUGGUUCCAGUGAGAAUGCAGUGGAUUUUUAUGAUCUGACUUUGGGUCCCACACUAAAUCGAGUCAGCUAUUGCAAAGACAUCCCAAGUUUUGUGAUCCAGAUGGACUUCUCUGCAGAUAGCUCUUAUCUCCAGGUCUCUACUGGGUCUUACAAAAGGCAAGUCUAUGAAGUGCCUUCAGGAAAACAGCUUGUGGACCAGGCUGUGAUUGACAGAAUAACGUGGGCUACUUGGACAAGUGUUCUAGGGGACGAAGUAAUUGGAAUUUGGUCCAGGCAUGCUGAAAAAGCUGAUGUAAACUGUGCCUGUGUUUCUCACUCGGGAAUCAAUCUUGUAACAGGCGAUGAUUUUGGCAUGGUCAAGCUGUUUGACUUCCCAUGUCCUGAAAAAUUCGCAAAACACAAACGAUUUUUAGGUCACUCGGCCCACUUGACUAAUAUUCGAUUUACAAGUGGAGAUAGAUACGUGGUCAGUGCUGGAGGGGAUGACUGCAGCUUAUUUGUUUGGAAAUGUGUGCAUAUGCCUCAUUGAAAGAGACGUGGAGACUUGCAAUGAGGACACUGCAUGAAGUACCAGGCAUGAGAUACCCAGGAUUGCAAUGUGACAUUCUACUGUGCCCUGCAUGUGUUAGAAAUGGUGCUGAUCCAAGACACAGAGCAAUCUGUGUCUCAGACAAGUAUCUGGUGUCUGUCAGGAGGAUGGACUGUAACAAAUAUGCUGAGGCCGUUAGAUUUGCUGCAGUAUUGGAUAAUCUGGGUUUGUAUUUCACUCACUGCCAGAUGUUGAAAUGAAAUACGUGGACGAAGUGAAAAAAUGAAUUGUUAAUCAAUGUACAGUUUCACAGUAAGAUCCUGGGGUGUCAAUCAAGAGAUGUUAUUUCUGACCUAGUGCUGUACAUUGAUCUAUUUUCAGCAUGAAUAUUUCUCCUUUAAAUUUUGGGGUCUGAGUAUCAUUGAAAAAAAAGAGUAUUCCAUAUUUUAUUACCAAAAGAAACCAUAUAUUAUCUCUUAAAUAUAUAGUAUUUUAAUAAAUGUUUAAUUAUUAUAAUGGAAAUGAUAUUUCUAUGACUGGUCAAAAGGAAGCAUCAUCUGGUGAAGCAGAAAAUAAGGGAGCUGAUUCCUUAGGACUUAAAUAUUUCUGCAUUUAGAGGCCUGGGUCACAGUCAUGUCUGGUGAAAGCCGUUGGAUAUGCAUGAUCUUCAUGGCUAAUUUAGUGUUUUUGUUGCACUUAAACAUUAAAUUAGUUCUGUGAGCAAAAAUAGAUUUGCUCACUUUGCGAGUGCCUUGCCCACAACCUAGAAGUCUAACUCCAAUUUUUGCCUUGUGAAUAAAAGUAUUCUCAGUGGAAGAGAGAUUAUUGCUGUGUUACUGGACUGGGCUUUUAGCCUCUGUGCUGGAAAAGUGGACUAGGGUGAAAAUUUUAUAGACUUCAUAACUGAUAAAGCUUGGGAUGUCAGCAGUUGCAAAAAUAGAAUUUCAUAGCAAUAUGAAUUGAUUUUAUUUUCUCAGCAUCAUAGGGGGGACUCAGAGAGAAUAUUAACUUUCCAAACAUUAUAUUUUGUACAUUUGAACUUUUUAACAGAGUUAGGAUUAGCUGGGAGAGGUCUCUACUCAGAUUUCUCUCCUGAUUGUAAAAAAGUGUCCAAUCAUAGCUUCUUUCAAUGGACCUGCUGUCACCUCUAGCAUAAGUGCAUUUAUUCUGUCUUGCAACAUAACUGAGACACUAAGUUGAAAAAGAACAUUUCAGUCAUAAUGAAAACCUGAACAAAGCUAUGUUUUGGGUACAAGUGAGGAAGAUUCAUCAGCUGUUUAUCUAAAUCAUGUCAUAGAGAUGCAUUAUGGGCUGAACCUGGUUUUUAAUCAGUGCAGUUAAUUUUCAUGCAACAUGAAGGGAACAGAAGUAACUAAUUAUCAGCACUACUCUCAUAAUGACAUUCUGCUGUGCACGUAAAGCUCUUUUUCUCUGUAAGCCAGCACUGCUUUAACAGUAGCAUUUGUUUAGGUCAGUCAGUAGGCUUUGAUAUUAUUCACCUCUUGCAUUCUCUUAUGCCAGAUAAAAGUAAAAAAGAAAUAAACCUCCUCUCUUCUUGUAAGCAUCUUGUGUGCAUGGUGGUUAUAGAAGGAAUGGGGAGGGCUUGCAUGUAGAGGAGAAGGGGGAGAAGAGUUAAUGAGCCAGACUUCCUGUGCUCUCUUAGGUCCAAAAAUGCUUGUUAUGUGCUAUACAAAGGUAGUUACCCAGUGGUCUUAGAAAAUGUAUUUCAUGUAUACAAGCUAUAACCAAUAUUUAUUUUAAAGAAGUUGAUGAACUAAACUAUUACCUGGUUUCUCGGCAUGAUGGUUCUUAGCAAAGUUUUGCCAGUCAUGCAGCUGCUGCUCUACAGCAGCAAAAACUCUGUGGAUUUGGUCAUGAGUGUACAGGGAGAUCUUGCUGGUAAUGUUCUUUUACUUUAGGGGAAUUGCACAUGAGAACUGAGAUUAGACCUGAUCUGGCUCAUAACCUUGUUGCCUGCCUGCCUGUUUUAUAUGAAAAUUAGUACCUGGCAUGUAAAUCUUCUGUGUGCCAGAGAAAUCAGUUGCAGUAUGCUAUAGCUGUGAUUCUGUCCCUUAUUAAACACAUCUGUGCAGGACUUUUUGACUUGAAGUAAGAUUUGUCCUGUCUCUGUUUUAAAGUUGCCUUUCAUUCGGUCAGGUUGGAUGGCUGUUCAGAGCUCCCUCAGAGUCUGUCCUAUUCAGACUGCCAGAUCAAAGUCCAAAUUUUUCUGCCUCUUUGAGUUUUCCCAUCAAAAUCCUAGUCUUAGUGUCUCCCAGCCUCAUGAUCUUCUGCACUCCUUCGCCCAAUGGAAUGGGUAUGUGGACUAUCAAUAGGUUUGUUCCUCGGAUCCCCAUCACUGGUCAUGUCUUCCUUUCCUCCCUCCCUCCAUCCCCUUCAUUAAUGCUGUGCAUCUCCACUGGUCAUUUGUCCAUUGGUGCUUUUGCCCUGAGGAAUCUCAAAUGCCACUCCAGUGGUGGGGUUCCAGCGAGAAGCUGACAGGCAAAUUGCAGCAAGGCUGCCCUCAGCGGUGCAAGGCUGAUAGCUGCGGUGUGAAAGGCUGAACCUCCAGAUUGCCCUGCUUCUUCACUCUCUUCCAAACCUCACCACUAGUCUAGGGGACUGGGAUGGGAGCUGGAAGUGGAGGAGCUCUUUAAUCACAGAACUAACUACCAGUCUCAUUCCUCCUGUUGCAGCCAGUUUAGGCAGCUAGUAUUUUUCCUGGGAAACUGCUCAGCGGUUUGCCAGGUAAAAUGGUGUCAGCCAGCUGGGAGCAGUCAUGAAUGUUGAAGAGUAAGUACACAGCCUCAGCUGCAGCUUUCUUCCUGAGGACAAUUUGGAGCAUAUUUUGUAGGACAAGCUGUGAUCCUCUGCUGAAGAGAACAGCUGGCUGUAACCAUGGCUAAAGAUGGCAGCUUCGCGGUUUUUUUGGAUCUUUUUUUUCUGUGAUGGCAUUUCUUACUGUGUCUCAUUUGCUGUUUACAUGAAAUGCUCCUGUAGUAACUUGCUAAUGGUUUCCAUCCGUGCUUGAAGCAUGUGUAUAUGUGAACAGACUGCCUGUUGCGGUAGGCAGCGGGACCUCAUGGCUGGUCGUGCAGCAGGAAAGUCAGAGGAUGACAUAACAGCAUAGGACAGGUCAGGGAAGAAGCUGGAAUGUGGGGGGACUAGUGACAGCCUUUCAUUGGGAAGCAUCAGAGAGAGGAAACGUGGGCAGGAGGGCGCUGUCUGAAGCUGGAGAAAACCUUUUCUCUGAUUAUACAGGACCAAGAAAGGGGAGGCAUAAGUUCUUUGUAUAAUUUGCUCACUCAUAGCGGAUGAUUUUGUGCUCUAGCUUAAUUGUCUUUCUAACUCUUUCUGGCUGCAUCUUUGGGAUUUGUAAGGCAAAAGUAGUUUUUGUAAUGAAAAAAAUAAACUAUAGAACUGGUUCAAUAAAAGCAAAAUGACAUUUCCCUUCAAAAAAUAAAUGUGCCCUUGAAAGCUAUUUCAGUGUGCUUAGAAAAAAAGAGCAUGAGAGAAGGAAAAUCCAGCUCCUAGGAGCAAAUAAAAAUUAAAAAUAAACACAUUUAGAACUGAAAAUUGCCAUAGUGCAGGAACUGAGGAUCACAGUUGAGACUAGGACAGAGAGAACAAAUUAGCCAAAUGUAUUGAAUCAUUUAGACUUGAAAUCUUUAAUUUUUUUUUUAUUCUUGAGGAGGUCAUUGUAUGAGACUUUGAUUUUCAUAGGGAAGGCAAAAGAUCUUGUAAAACUAAAGAUAAAGCAUUUCCGAAAAUAAAGGCUACUUUAUCACUUGUUUUUUACAGUUGAAGGAAAGUACUCAUUCAGAAUAACUUCUGACUUUGCUCGAGAUCAGGGUUUCAGUACUAGCAAGAUUCAUUUCAGAAUAACUCUGAACUUCAUACAAGUCAGUUUAAUGCUGACCUGGAAUUGUACCAUCAGAAAACAGACAUGUUGCAGACAAGGUAUCUCCUGGAUCUGGAAACUAGAUCAAAAUAAAGAAUCUCAAUACCAGGACUUUGAUAGUGUUCAGGGGUGGCUUAGUUUAAAACCGUGACCCACUUUUCCCAGCUGCUGCCUAAAGCCAGCUACUUGGCUUGCAAGUUUGCCAGGGUAAACAGUGCCCUUCUUUCCAUAAGCCCUGAGCAUCUGCCUGUGCAGCACCUCCCCUGCUUUCUGGAUUGCCCCCAGCAGUGCUCAAGUCUCCACGUGCACGUGGAUUUCACUCCAGACAUAUGCACUGGAAUCCCUUACAGGACUUACUGUACAUGGUGUAGUAGUGUGGCAGGCUGAGGAUCUGGGUUUCACGUACAGUUCUUACAUAGGCAAGGUGACGUUUCCGUUUCAUUAUCAGUGUCACAGAUGUGACACUGGAUGGGUGUCACAGGUGGGGCACUGGUGGGUGGGGAGUUGUAUCACUUUCUGGCAACCAUCUUGUUGCAAAUGGAAAUGUUCAGUGGCUGGUGAGAGGGGCUUUAAGGACUGAGAGCAGCAGCGUGCUCAAGGAGAGGCUGCAGGCAACUUCAUUUGCUCUGGUUUUGGGAAGAUGCAGCUGCUCCCAUUCAUUGCUCUUUCCUCUCCCAAACCUGUGGACAACUUUUUAGUGCUGGAGCACAGCAGCUAACACAGAUUAACCACAGUUGUAGUGUCUGAACGUUGGUAACAAAGAAGAUACUGUAAAUACAACAACGCUAUGUAGUACUGAGAGCUCAGGUAGAAGAGUGUAGGGAUGUAUUUUAAAACGCUACUCAUUUUCCCCACGUAAACCAAACAUGGAUUGUUUUAAUAGGCCUCUUCCGAUUGAUUCAUAUUUUAGUUUCCUGUGCCACUGGGCCUAAAUGCGCUCUUUAAAGAGAAAAUAUUAAAUCAAAGGAAUACUAUAGUUUAGAAAACGCUUCAUAACCAACCUGCAUCCAUUACUGCCUCCUUCAUUUCUUUCCUAUUGAAACGUUAUUCACCAGCUCUUGGUUCUGUUCCCAGAUGUGCGCAACAUUUGAGAUGACAGACAUUAAAGCUACGGCCUGUAUUUGUUCCGUUUAACUCCCGGUGUGAUGGAGAGACGGGUAUCUGCAGAGAACAAUUCAAAUCAUACCUGAGCUGAAUUUUCUGUUGGUAAUUCCUUGCCGUAGGCCUCCAAAUACAGGUAGAGCAAGUCAGGGAAGGUGAAUGUAAUGCAGGCCUAGGAAUACAUACGAGUAGAAAUGAAUUAGUAAAGUUCUUUAUUUUAUCCCAUCAUAAAUGAUAACAAAAUAAGGAAAUAAUUUACUUAAGAUGAACUUUAUGUAAAAACAACCAAACUCGUCACAGGUGCUGCUUAGACAACUGAACUGGACUUUUACCUGUAGCAACUCUUCAUACGAAACAUAAAGUCUGUGCACAAGUAGCUGAACUGACGCUUCUCCACCUGCUAGAGGACAGCUGAGUUCGGGGCAUGAGGGGCAGUACGUUCCUGUCGCUUGCUGUGUUCGGAUUUCUCUUCCGAAAGUCAAAAUACGGGUUUCUUGAGUUUCUGUUGCUUGUUGUGGGGCAACUUCAGCACCCUACAAAGUGGUUUUGCCCUUACUCAUACGUAUCUGGCUUGGUUUGGGCACUGGUGUUGUGUGAGAGCUUAUUUAAAAAACAAACCGCACAAACCAAAACCAGGAAAUCCCAAACUUAUUUUUUUAAGAUACCCCCAAAAUUAAGAUGUUUGUUCCAGUGAUGUAAAGAUGUGUCUGAUUUACACUGUUCUACAUUUUUAAAAGAAAGCCAGCUGUACCUGCUUAACUGCUAGGUGGCCCCAACAUAACAGGUGCUUUAAACUAGAGGAUGAAGGUCAUUCGUGCUUUACCACUUUCCUGUAAGAUGAAUUCUUCUUUCCCAGGGGGCGAAUGCUGCUAUCGCGUCACUGUCCAUGUGACAGGGUGACUGCAGCUGAUGGAAAGCUUGUGCCGCCUUCGGCUGGUCUCGGGGGGCUGAGGCGCAGACAAGUGCUUACGGAAAAAAAACCAGAUUAUUGGAACAAGUAUUGCAUUGGUGGGUUGUGAGAAAGGGAGGUGGUAGGGGUAUUUAGUUCCAGUCCUCUGGAGGAUUAUAGGCCUUCUGGGGGGUGGGAGAAGCUUUUCAUAUAAUAUCUGCCAAUUACUCAUUCAUUAGCUUUUGCUGGUAUUCUUUUCUCCUUUUUUUCCUCUUCUUUUCUUGUCCCACAGGAAGAGCUGCUCUUCCACUCCCAACCCCUAAAUAUUUUUCCAAAUGCAGUGGCUGUGAGAGGUCAGCCACCUUUAACCACAGCUUUACUCUUCCUACAGUGACUUGCAAUACAAGGCCAGUACAGAGCAUUAUGUUGCUGAAAAUUAAUUUCCUGAUAACUUAGUUGCAAAUUCUUGGGGGUGGGGGGUGGGGGGAAGUGGUGGAUCUUGCCAUGCCCAGCAGGUAAAAAGUAGGGUAUUUGUUCUUCCCAAGAAGCAAAGUGGUUACAUACCUUUUUCCAGCACCUAACUUAAAAUCUGACUAGGCUCUGCUCAGCCGUGGAACUGUGCAUGUUCCGCAACUGUGUGAUUUUUUUUCAAACAGCCAUCGCAGCCAGGGCACGCACUGCACUCCGUGGGAGUUAAAUACAUACGCUUUCUGAAGAAAUGCCAAGCAUGAGCACAGGCACAAAUUGCAUGGGUAAAAAUGGUUUCUGUACUUUUGUGAAACGUUGGUGCUGUUGGGUAGUACUUCCCACAUUUCUGGUCUAUUUUUCCUUUACAUGCUACUACUUGGCAUUGUGUUGUGGUUUUAGGUGCAAAAUAGCCUCGCUUUUAUUUUUUUUUUAAAGCAGUAUCUGGUAAUUAUAAGCUUCAUUUAUGCUUUUUAGUUCAGUUAUGGGUAUACAGCAUAUUAUAUUAAGUAAUGAAAAAGCUGCAUUACUAAUUUGUGAAAAAGUUAAUGCAUUUUUCGCGUAAAAUUUCACAUAAGAGUACACUCAACACCACAAUAACUUCAAAUGAUAGAACAAUCUGAGUAAACGCAUUAGAGCUAUUCCCUUUAAAAAACAGUACGCGUCUAGCUUUGUGGCUCAGUUUAUUCACCUUUUUUUAGUGGAGAAAAAUCAGCAGCUUGCCUUAUGCUAAACAAUGUACAGUAGGUUCAUAAAACAUGAAAGCUGUUGACAUUCAGCAAUGGAGGUGCUACUGGCUUCCUGCUGCCCUUCCAAACUGUAUCUCCUCAUCCUCCAUGGAAAAGGAAAAGAGCCGCAUGGCGGCAGCCGUUUCGCAAAGACAGCUGAUGAGGGCGUGGGAAAAUGCUACAGAGAAAUAACGUAAUUUGCAGUCUCUCAUCUGGAAGCCCAUUUCAGCCUUGCACCGUCCAACGCCAGAGCCCAUCCGCGCCUCCUCCCCGCCCGCCAGGUCAUCUUAGGAAAAUAUUUUACUGUAGUUCUUUAAGCUUAAAAUCCAGUUGUCUGUUCAGAUUGUGGUGUUUCAUUAUGGCGUGUGUCAGAUAAUCCCUCUUGCUUUAACAGGAAGAAAAAAAAAAAAAGAAAAAAAAAAGGUAUUUUAAACUAGUGCGAAGGUGUGGUCAUGUAUUACUGUAAUAAGGAUCAUGGUUUUCGGUGUAUUCCAUUUUGGCUUCCACCAUGAACAUCUAAACCCUUUAACAAUGUUGUAUGUUUAUUUAAAGUAUAUAUAUAUAAUAUAUAUAAUGUCAGAAUUUUGCAUUAAGAUUUUUUUAAAUUUGAAUAUGAACUUUGAGUACUUUAUUUAAAAAAAAAAGUUUAAAAAAUACUUUCCUGGAGUGUUAAGUUGCAGAGUUCAAGACUAUAUUUGUCAAAUUUAAGUUUAAAAUAUGUAGCUACCAUUGUUUUCUGAUACUGAAUGUAAAUAUCUGUAAAAAGAAAACAUUUUGUAUAUUUUUGUGACAAUGUAGUUCCCCAAAAGAUAUUUAAUAAAAAACUGCAUUUA